AUACAACCGGGUCUUUUGUCCCAAAGGGACAUUCAGUCCCUAGAAAUGGUGCCUUUUAACUUCCCAAUAGACGAUCUUCGUGUCCGUGGGCGCUCUCGCCCCCCGUGUUGCUGCGGAGUCUCAGCGAGGAUGGACGACGCGUCGCUGGGAGCCGUCGUGUCAUGUGUCGCCAGCGAGCAUGUGCCCUCGCGUCUCAAGUGCAACGCCGAGCCGGAUGAGGACGAGGCGGGAAAUGGCGGGAUGUUCACCUUCAACCACACUCACAUGAGGAAAGCCUUCCAGCUCAUGAACGACCUGAGAGGUAAGAACAUGCUGUGUGACGUCCAGCUGGUGGCGGGAAGCGUCACCGUGGCGGCGCACAGGGUGGUCCUGGCCGCCUCCAGCCCAUACUUCUGUGCCAUGUUCACAGGUGACAUGAGCGAGAGCAAGGCCCAGCGGGUGGAGAUCGGCGAGGUGGAUGGUCCGACGCUCAGUAAGCUGGUGGACUACAUCUAUACAGCCGAAAUAGAAGUCACUGAGGACAACGUCCAGGUUCUGCUGCCGGCCGCCAGUCUGCUCCAGCUGAUGGAUGUUCGGCAAGUUUGUUGCGACUUCCUUCAAGCGCAGCUUCACCCAUCCAACUGUUUGGGCAUUCGAGCUUUUGCCGACCUGCACACUUGCAUGCAGCUCGUCAGCCAGGCGCACGCUUAUGCUGAGCAGCACUUCUCUGAGGUGGUGCAGUGUGAGGAGUUUGUGGCCCUUUCCCUGCAGCAGGUCUGCAGCCUUUUCUCUAGCGACAAGCUCACCGUUUGCACCGAGGAGAAGGUUUUUGAGGCCAUGAUCUCGUGGAUCAAACACGACAAAUCGGCUCGCGUGGAGCACAUGCCCAGACUGAUGGAGCACGUCCGCCUGCCUUUGCUGUCCCGCGACUACCUGGUGCAGAGAGUGGAGGAGGAGGCGCUGAUUAAGAACAACAACACGUGCAAGGACUUCCUCAUUGAGGCCAUGAAGUAUCACCUAAUGCCUGCUGACCAGAGGCACCUCAUCAAGACGGACAGGACGCGACCACGGACGCCAGUCAGCAUCCCCAAGGUGAUGAUGGUCGUGGGGGGGCAGGCUCCUAAAGCCAUCCGCAGCGUGGAAUGUUACGAUGUCCAAGAAGAUCGAUGGUACCAAGUGGCGGAGCUGCCGUCCAGACGCUGCCGAGCAGGUGUAGUAUCUGUAGGGGGUCGCGUGUACGCGGUCGGAGGCUUCAACAGUUCACUGCGAGAGAGAACGGUGGACGUGUACGAUGGCGGCAGAGACCAGUGGAGUCCUGUGGCGAGCAUGCAGGAGAGACGUAGCACGCUGGGAGCCGCAAUGUUGGGAGGUCUGCUCUACGCUGUGGGAGGAUUCAACGGCAGCAUAGGUUUAUCCACUGUGGAAGUGUACGAUCCGAAAAGUAACGAGUGGACGAACGUCACGUCUAUGAACACGCGGCGCAGCAGUGUUGGCGUUGGUGUGGUCGAUGGUUGUAAGCUGUACGCAGUGGGAGGUUAUGAUGGAGCGUCUCGUCAGUGUCUCAGCACAGUAGAAGAAUACGACCCCGUUAGUGAUCAAUGGUGUUACGUCGCUGACAUGAGCACACGACGCAGUGGAGCAGGUCAGCAUGUGUGGGGGGUCCUGAGUGGACAGUUGUAUGCAGCUGGCGGCCAUGAUGGACCUCUGGUGAGGAAGAGUGUGGAGGUUUACGAGCCGCAGAGCAACACCUGGAGGCCUGUGUGUGACAUGAACAUGUGCCGCCGCAAUGCUGGCGUGUGCACCAUCAACGGUCUUCUCUACGUGAUCGGAGGAGAUGACGGCUCCUGCAACCUUUCCUCCGUGGAGUUUUACGACCCGGCCACCGACAAGUGGAGCCUAAUCCCCACCAACAUGAGCAAUGGGCGGAGCUACGCUGGCGUCGCCGUCAUCGACAAACCUUUCUGAGCACAGGAAGUGCUGCAGACGUCUAAAACCUGAGGAGCGGCCGAAGAAGAAACGAGCCAAUCAGCACGGAUCCUGGCGGGCUCUGGAUCACGUCACCGUUUACACUGAGGAGAAGGAUCAAAAGAGACGGACUCACUCUGGUGUGGAGCACCAUUUCCUUCUCAGACUCUCAGGCAACAGACUGCUCGAAGUGCAUGCUGGGAGAUGCACCACCAGGCGGCGCUCGAGGAAGAAUGUAAGAUUAUUCUUAAGUCAGGAAGCACCACUACUGAUGGUCAUGUGACCGAUGUGUCCAAAGUGCCAACAUGUCGAUUAGCGGCUAAGAAUGCUGACUUUUAAGUUGUCAAAAUGCACUGUAGAGUUUAGAUCUAUUUAUUACAUGCAAAGCAUUUAUUCCACUCAAA